AUGGAGGCGCAGGCGGCGCGCGAGCGGCGGGCCAACCUGCUGAGCAGCGCGGCCGCCGCGGGGGACGCGGCCGCGGUGCGGAGGCUGCUGGACGGCGGCGCAGACCCCAACGGGGUCAACCGCUACGGCCGGAGCGCGAUGCAGGUCAUGAUGAUGGGGAACCCCAGGGUGGCAGAACUGCUGCUGCAGAGAGGAGCAGACCCCAACCGGCCGGACCCCUCCACCGGCUGCCUGCCGGCUCACGACGCGGCCCGCGAGGGGUUCCUGGACACCCUGCGGGUGCUGCACGGAGGCGGCGCUCGGUUCGACCUGCCCGACCACCAAGGCCGCCUCCCGAUUGACCUGGCCGCGGCGGCGGGGCACAGCCGUGUGGUCAGCUACCUCUCCGGCGCUGGCGCUCGCUAG